GGUCAUAAUAAUGAGGUUAGGAGGACCCAAUAGAAAAGGAGCCCAUAAACCUAAAACAUGAAGAAGUUAAAAGACACUUUUUACCAAAUCGGAGAAACUGUUCCCUCUUCCUUUUUGUACUCCAUUUACUUCACUUUGAAGCUCCUCCUCCUCCUUCCCCAUUCCAACUCUCUCUCUCUCUCUCUCUCUCUCUCUCUUUUUUUUGCUUCUUCGUCUUCCCCAUCUCUCUCUCUCUCUCUAAGAUCUCUAUGCCUUUUAGAUUCUCCAAACCCAUCAUCUUCCCUCUCUCCCUCCUACCUAAACCACAUCAUUCUUUCUAAUCCCCUCCUUCCCUCUCUCUCUCUUAUAGAGAUAUAGAAAUGGGUUCGUGUGUCUCCUCAGCUUCUCAGAACAACAACAACAAAAACUCCUCCGCCUCUGACUCCGUCGUUAAGCUUGCCGCUUUCAUCUCCGCUUCCCCUGCCAUCGACGUCAACCCUCCCCUUCAUUCCUCUCGCCUUGAUCCCCCAGGUGAUAAAGAGGAGAUGAUAUUUUUCGAUUCAAGGGGUUGGCUUGAUUCCGACUGUGAUGAUGAUUUCAUGAGCGUCGAUGGUGCAGAAUUUACGCCGUCCCGAGGAACAACCCCGGUCCAUCAUAAAUUCUGCGACCAAACUCCUCAAGGAGAGAAGAAACCCCAUGAAGAGGAACCUACCGAUAACAAAAAGAGACUCCUCGAACUCUUCAAAGAGACACAAGACGACGAGGAUCAUGAAGAGAAAUUAGAUCAUGAUUACGUGGCAGAAGGCAAAUCAAGAGCAUGCCUCUGGCUAAGAACACCCGUUAGAUCUUCUGCCCCGGCCACUCCUUAUCAUAACAACAAAGAAAGACUUCAAAAAUUCAAGAGGGUGAGAUCCACUGCUCAUGGCGGCUGCGUUCCUCGUUUGGUUUCCUGUAGUAGCUUCUCUGAUCGCCGACGGAACAUGGUUACUCAUACCCCCAUCGACGUCCAACGCUGAAAAAGACAAAGAGAACAAUGUUUAAAUUAUACUAUACAUUAUCAUGUUUCUUAAUUAAUCUGUCUUUUUAUUCUUGCUUUCCAAAGGAUCGAACAAUGUUCUUCUGUCAGCUCAUAAAAAUGCUUAUUAUGACAGUUGUAAGGCAUCAUUUUUUCAUAAGAUCGUUUACUUUUGUAAAUUA